CAAACCAAACCAACAUAACCUACCAAAAUUAAUUCCUUAAAAAAUAGUUAUAAAAACUCUUUACGUUUGCGACGAAAACUUUGAAGAAUAUUAUUGUGUAGCAAUAUAUGUAUUUAUUGUUUUAGAAAUGAAGUUAACGUUAUGUUUGUUUCGUCGUAAUAGACUUCCAAAUGGUCAUAUAUUUCGGGGUAAAGACCGUCUAGUCAGAAAAGUAGAACCCAAACACCUUCGUAAAUUGGAACAAAACUUUGCUGUUGAAGAGCAAAAUAUGUUUUAUCUGCGACAUCCAUACUUAACAGAGGAAGAAAGCCAUGGACAUGCAAAAGCAUUGGGUAAACAGGAAGCUAGGAAAAAACAAUUUGCGGACACAACCAAGAGAAUGUUCAAAGAAGAUGUCACAUUAUACGAACGGUUACAGCAUCUGAGAGUCAAAGAAGGGUGGGAUUAGAGAAAUAUGUUCAAUAUUAUUGGUCAUUUAGUUUUACUACAUAUAAUAUUAUAGAAUUAGAAGGCAAUAAAGUUUACGAAAAUUGGUUAAAAA